ACUUCUUUUACCAAACAUGCCAAGCUUCUAAAUAAGUUUCCCCAAUAUCUUUAACCCAAUCUCCCCCCCAUGCUCACAUGCUCUCAGCCUUAGGUUAUCUCCAUCACAUACCACUCUCUGAUCUUUCUUCCUUUUUUUGAAAAAAGGAAACUGUAAACAUCAAAACAAUGUCUUCAUCAAUGGCCUUGUUCUCUUCAACGACACCACAUCUUCCUUCUUUAUCCUCUUCUUUCAAAACCCACUUCCCAAUUAACCCAUUUCUCUCUUUGAAGCCUCAAAGACACCUGCUUUUUGUGUCUGUUAGAGCUACUGAAAAUGGGGCCGGAGCUGUCAUUGCUGUGGAGGAGAAGAAAGCUUCUGAGCCGAAGGCUUCGGAGGAGGCGACUCUUGGGAACGGAGCUCCGAUGGCGGAACAGGAGGAGGAAGCGAUGCCGAAGUUCGAAGAUCCCAAAUGGGUUUCGGGGACUUGGGACUUGAAACAGUUUCAGAAAGGUGGAGCUACUGACUGGGAUGGAGUUAUCGAUGCUGAGGUUAAAAGGAGAAAGUGGCUUGAAGACAACCCAGAAUCAUCCAACAAUGACUUCCCUGUAGUUUUUGACACUUCCAUUAUUCCAUGGUGGGCAUGGAUGAAGAGGUUUCAUCUUCCAGAAGCUGAACUACUCAAUGGGCGAGCUGCAAUGGUGGGGUUCUUCAUGGCUUACUUUGUAGAUAGUUUGACCGGGGUUGGUCUAGUUGACCAAAUGGGAAAUUUCUUCUGCAAAACACUUCUAUUUGUUGCAGUGGCUGGUGUUCUUUUGAUUCGAAAGAAUGAGGACUUAGAUACCUUAAAGAAAUUGUUUGAUGAGACAACGUUUUAUGACAAGCAAUGGCAAGCAACUUGGCAAGAUGAGAAGAAAGAAUAAGAAUCCAUGAUGAUUGAUGAAUGAUAAAGUUUGAAUCUUUUAUGUUUCUUGUAGAUCAUCUUUGUUGUAGCUUAUGGUUUUAUGUUCUUCAAACGUGUUUCUUUAAUAUUAUAAUGUGUUUUUUUUUUU